UUUGUCGAUUACACUAGAGUUUAGAGAUAAAUCAGACAAAUCUAUUACUAUUAUAAGUAUUAAUUUAUUAUAGGAUUAGACUUAAGACAUUUACAGUGUGUAGACCUAUACGUAUAAGUCCACCAAAGGUGUUGUGUUAUUUUGGCAAUAAUACACCUACUGAAGGCUACUGCUUGAAAAUCUGAAUUGAAUUUGGAUUUCAUUUUCAAGACAGCAUAACAAAGAUGCUUUUAAAGGCGAUAGUCUUUUGUGUCACUGUCUUAACAGUGACCUAUGUCUCAGAUGCAUGCAAUGAGGCGGUGUGUGCACCUCUAGUCAGCAAGUGCAUGCUUAUCAAGUGCUGCGACUGUGAGAUGACUGAAGGUAAUUGUUCCUGCUGUAAGAACUGCAGUGUUUGUCUAUCAAAGCUCUAUACUGAAUGCUGCUCUUGUGUAGGAAUGUGUCCCACUCCAAAUCCAGAAGAUGAAAUGACGAAGAGCAGCACUGUGGAGGACAUCACUGACCCCAUUCCCCACCUCUUCAAAGUGCUGACAGAUGAAGAAGACUAUGAGCAGAGAUGGACAACAUUCACUUAUGCUGUAGACUUAGACAAACUGUUGCAAAAGUCAAAUCCUAAAAAUAAUCUGCACAUAAUCUCUGAUGUCAAGGGGGACAAGCUCAGCUCUGACAAGAAGGCAGGGAAGGAGGUUGUGCUUGGAAUACAAAAUUGCACUGUGGCAUUUUUCUCUGACUGCAUGCCUAUGACCAAAUGUAAAGCUUCAUGCAAGUCCAUGGGAGCGUCUAAAUUCAGGUGGUUUCACUCCAAUGGCUGUUGCCAGUGUGUUGGUAGUACAUGCUAUGACUAUGGCCUCAAUGAGCCCAAAUGUUUAAAGUGUUUAUCUGAUGAAGAAGAGCAGCCGCACAAUGCUAAAGGUCAUCGGAUACAUAAGUCAGAAUCUGCUGUUGGAAACUAAGCUCAUUUUGUGUUGCCUCCUAGGGCGAUAGAUUUAUAAUUGAAUGGAUUUUACAAGUUUUUCUGAGAAACGAUCUUUGAUGAACCUCACAAGCAAGUAGAAAACAGUAUUUGAACAAACUUUUUUUGAUCUGCCUUAUCAAGUCCUACACACACCUGCGGUGUCAGAGGAGUUCAAGACAUUCUUUUGUUUACAUAUUUAUUAUUUAUAUAACUCUUGUGAAACAUGAUCUGAUUUGAUUAGUUGUGCAUUGGCAAUGUAAGGGCUGUUUUGGGGGGAUGGUGUACAGAUCUGUGUUGUGGUUUUUGUUCAUAUUCUUGUUAUUUAUUGUUUAGCUUUAUCGCAUUGAAAAUGACAUGAAGGAUACAAUGGUCUCUUAAUGGAGUGUUGACUGAACUUUACAUUGAAGUUUUGUAUGAUCAGAAUCUUUUUAUUUUCUUUGUUUAAGCCCUCAAUUAGUGCCUUGGUCUAGAUGACUGUGUUGAAAUAAGGUAGAUUUUUUUUUCUUUGUAAUCUUUUAUAUAUUUACAUUUAGUGUGCAUCCUACAAGAAAGGAAAGUAUACAACUAUACUCUUAUGUUAUUCAUAUUUUGAUCUUUCUAAACCUUAUUCACUUUUAGUACUUUUAGUUAAUCAAUUUACAAAAGAAACCCAGGCAUUUAUCAGAAACAAUCUUUGAAUAUACCUGUAAUGAUUUGUUUUUGAUUCUAUGUCUUGGACUACAACCUUGUGUGGUCAAAAAGUCAAUUUGUACUACUUAAAAAAUUUUUUGUCAAAAAGAAAAUUUGUAUUAUUUAAACUUUGUAUUAUUUAAACUUUGUGUGUGUGUGUGAUGAUGCUAGAACCAUGACUUGGUUAACAUGACAUUGUGAUAUAAGUUUGUGUACUAGGUGUGAGUAGUAGUAUACCAAGGAUUACAUUAUACUUACUUCUGGUUACUUUGACUCUUCAUGUAUGUUCUUUACAUGUUGUAACAAAAAUUUAAUGACCUAAAAACUGUUUGAUUAUUGCCAGUAUAAAGACACACAAACUAUUCAGUUGCUAAUGAGGGCAGUGGAAAGAAGAAUGUAAUAUUAAUUCUUUUUUAAGAAUUUUUAAUGAUUAAUUUUAUGAUGCAAGCAAUGAAAUAAUUUGAGCUAAGAGUUUUUUAUUUUUUUUAUUUUUAUU